CUAUACCGAUAACAGUUCCUUCGAGGUAUGGCAUCGGGUUUGUUUGGUACUAUGAGAUUUUCAUCGUAAUUCUAUGAAAAGGUGUUCAGUUUAGAAUCGAGAUCGAGGGCAAAGAGGGAAACAAGACUCGCUGCUAGGCCGGAAACGUUUUUUUACAGCGGCUUUUUGCUCGCCCAUCGGCGUUUCUUCACCAUAAACAAACAACCGUGAAACCCGGUCGAAAGGCGUCGACAGAAUCGCGCGAUGAGCAGCGGAGGGAAAAUAAACCCGUCCUCACGACUUUACGUCGGCUCCCUCGGAAUCCAGGCAACGCAGAAAGACCUCGAAGAACUCUUCGGCAAACAUGGGAAAAUCCUCGAGGUUCGGCUCAAUAGGAAUUUCGCCUUUGUCCAGUUCACAACUGAAAGUGAGGCAAAAGCUGCGAUGGAAGACCUGAAUGGCCAAAACCAUUUUGGACGCAAAUUAGAUGUACAGUUUGCAAAAGCACCAAGGUCUAGUUCUGGUAAUCAAGAUAAAAAUCAGUCUGACAAUCCAGAGCAACUUAGGGACAGGUCUCCAUUAUCAAAAGACUCUGGGAGGAAUGAUGGUGGUGGUGGACGUGGAGGAAGAGGCGGAAUGCGCGGAGGGAGAGGUGGCAGCAUCGGUGGAAGAGGACCACCGAGUCUUUUUAACCAAAACGAUGAUAAUCCAUUUCAGUCCAGGGAUAGCCCAGGAUUCAGGGAUGAUAAUGUAGGUGGAUUCAGGGGCGGGGAUAAUCGUCCUGCGCCUUUUGCCCGAGACAACGGGCCACCUUUCAAUCAGAGUGACAACUUCAGAAAUGAAGGCAGAGGUGGAAACUUUAGGGGAAACAAUUUCAGGGAUAACGAUACAUUUAACCCAUGGGCUGAAAACUUCAGGCCUGGAGCAAGCGGUAGUGAUUACAGAGGGCCUGGUGGUACUGGUGAUUUUAGAGAUUUCCACGGAGGGAAUGACAGAGAUAACUUCAGAGACAAAUCAAUGCUAAUGGGGGGCUUCCGCGGCCCUCAAGAUCGUUUUGGACCUAGAGACCAGUUCCGAGACUCUCCAGCGUUCCGCAGUGACAUCGACCCAUGGGCACAGUCGACAAAGGAAAAAGACCCUUGGGGUCCACAGGAGCUGCCACCGGCCAACCCUCCUGUAUCACUUAGUGUGCCGAACAAUGAUAGAAUUAAUGACAUAGAGAUCAUUGUAAUGAACAAAUCUUUAACUGACUAUGGAGAGUUCAUUGAGACCCGCUUGAAAUCGUUGGGCUUUAGUGUGGAUUUGAUGUUUCCAAAUGAAUCUGCCUUGCUUAGCCGAGUGCUCGGGAACAUAGCGAGCCGUGGAACCCUGUAUGCCAUAGUUGUAAACCCAGCGCACAAAGUAAACAGGAGCUUAACGCUAGAAGUUCUCCAUGGAACACCUCAAGAACAUCGUAACAUGUUGUUGGAGGAUGCUGUUACAUUCCUUAAUCGUAAUUAUGAGGCCUACACAAAGUCAGUAUCCUUGAAAAGAGGUGUGGAGACUCCGCCGGAACAAAUCAGGCAUCUUUUAGAACUGGUCAUUUCAGGGACAAGGAAACUUACAGUUCCGCAGUUUGAUGUUUUGAUUCAACAUUUCAUACAGGAAAAACUAAAAUUGGAACCUCCGGUAAAUCAAGAAAAUUCCUUACCAGUGACACAGCAGGCUGAGCUCCAGACUAGAAUUUUGAGCAUUCUAAAUAAGUCUGGAACUGGAGGCAAUACUCCAAACGCUCUUCAACAGAACAUACCACAAGGGGUGCCACCGCCUGGAGAACAGAAAGAAGGGCCAAGCCCACUCCUAAAAGACCCUUCAGUACAAAGAGCCCUUGACAGCUUAAUGCAAGGUGGAAGGAAUUUAUUCUCUAACUUUAACCCAGGGAACCAAAGAGGGGGCAGUACAUUUAACCAAUACUAAUACAUGUGUUUAUGGAGUAUAAAACAAAAAAUUGACUUUAAUUUUCUUAUAAUUAUAAAUUUUAAUUGAAAACAUUUGUUGACUUCUAUUGUCUUAAAAUGGAUGGUUUACUUGUCUUUUUUUUUCUAAAGGAGUUCCUUUUGUUUUUAUUUUAUUUUAUAGUUCUAAGAAAUA